AUGAUAGUAAAUCUAUUUAGUUAAGUCAGUCACUUCGAACAUAGAACUAAAUUGGGAUAUUACAAUGUAUGCAUGCAAUAAUAAAUCACGUCAAAGAGAAGUAUGGGAGAGAAUGGAAUUCAAGCAGCUUUAACUGCACAGGCUUCUGGUUUGGGUCGCCAUCAGCAAUAAGGUCUUCUCACCACCUAAACCAAAGAGACGGUGGCGGACAAGGCUGCCUGCCACCGUGCCAACCUCCUCCUCCUUCUUCUUCGUCUGCCAGACCAGUCGCAGCAGAUGGCAUAUCCUCCUGUCGUUCUUCCUCCCCCUUUCCCGACCUAAACGACGUGCCCUGUCUCAUACAGAUACAUACACCUACACGAGAGAGGAGAGGCAAAGAAGAAGAAGAAGAAGAAGAUGGCGUUCUUCUGCUUUCUGGUGGACCAGCGGCGGACGGUGAGGAGCAGCAAGCCGGCGGCCGGGAUCUGCUCGCGCUGCGGUGGGUGCGCCAGCGCCGCCGACAUGGUGACCCUCACGCGGUUCUGCUACGUCCCCGUUCAUCGUAAGACCUGGCGGGCCAUCAUCUGCACCUUCUGCGGCGCCUUCCUCAAGUCCUACCACCGGUAGAUGCAUGCAGACGAUACCUGCAGAUCGAAACGUUCGCGUAUGCAAAGCAUCAUUUACAUGUACGAUGGAAUGUAUCAACUUGUGAGUUAGUUCGAUUUGAAGCUCGUGGAUUUUUCUUCCCCUAAAGAUCGAUCUAAUCGAAGAAUCGAUCAUUUAAUUUU